AUGAAGUUACCGUUGUUGAUAGUUUGGGAUGGAGCCCGUGGAGCUCUAUUAUUCUUUUCUAUCUCUUUUUCAGCUAAAAGAUUAGCAGAAGAGCUUGAUGGUUGGCUCAGGGCAGCUGGGCUGCCCAAAUCUCCAGAAGUAAGGGCUGUGAUUGCUCCACAUGCAGGUUAUUCAUAUUCAGGUCGCGCUGCAGCCUAUGCAUUUGGAAACAUAGACCCAACUAACAUUUCUCGGGUAUUCCUUCUUGGUCCAUCUCACCACUAUUACACACCAAAGUGUGCUCUUUCUGCAGCCACAGUUUACAAGACUCCUUUAGGCGACCUACCUAUUGAUUUGGAAGUCAAUGAGGAGCUAAAAGCUACAGGAAAGUUUGAAUUGAUGGAUAUUCAUGUUGAUGAAGCUGAACAUAGCAUGGAAAUGCACUUGCCAUAUCUUUCAAAAGUAUUUGAGGGGCACCCAGUAAAAGUUGUGCCCAUUCUUGUUGGUGCUCUGAAUGCUGAAAAUGAAGCAAUGUAUGGAAGGUUGUUAGCCAAAUACGUGGAUGAUCCGAGUAACUUUUUCUCCAUAUCCUCGGAUUUUUGUCACUGGGGUUCUCGGUUCAAUUACAUGCACUAUGACAAGAAAUAUGGGGCCAUACACAAAUCUAUAGAGGCAUUGGACAAAAUGGGCAUGGAUAUAAUAGAAACAGGAGAUCCAGAUGCAUUCAAACAGUAUUUAUUGGAGUAUGACAACACAAUUUGUGGACGCCAUCCAAUCAGCGUCUUUCUCCAUAUGUUGAGGCACUGCUCAACAAAGAUAAAAAUCAAAUUCCUUCGAUAUGAGCAAUCAAGCCAAUGCAAAAGUAUGAGAGACAGUAGUGUAAGUUACGCGUCUGCUGCAGCAAAGGUUGAUGCUUAAAGCUACAUGAAAAUACGUGGAUUUACUUGUAUGGUAACAUUAAGCAAAUUAAUGUCCUUUGAAUUGAUUGUCCUAAUUUACUACUUGCAUUUGCAAUAACAACAUUGCGGAUUCCCUGUUUAUAUGUUGAUACCAGUAAUGGAACUUACAACCACAA